UUGCGUCACUCACUCCGACGACGUCAGUGUGCUCCCCAAGAUGGCGACCACCAGUGGGAGCGGCGAUAGCAACGCGGCUCCGAGCCGCAAGCACCUGGGCAUCCCCCAGGCCAUCUUUGUGGAGGAUGUUAUAGCAUUUAUGAAGCAAGCUGGUAAUGAGACAGCAGACCUUGUGCUGAAGAGGCUAGAUGAACAAUACCAAAAAUACAAAUUCAUGGAACUGAAUCUAUCGCAAAAGAAGAGAAGGCUAAAAAGUCAAAUUCCAGAAAUUAAACAGACGUUAGAGGUCUUAAAACACAUGCAGAAGAAAAAGGAUUCCACAGAUCCAAUGGAUACUAUGUUUCUCCUGGCAGACAAUUUAUAUGCUAAAGCUUCCGUCCCUCCUACAGAUAAAGUGUGCUUAUGGUUAGGGGCCAAUGUAAUGCUUGAAUAUGAUAUUGAUGAAGCUCGUGCGUUACUUGAGAAGAAUCUGUCAACUGCAACGCGUAAUCUGGAAGGGCUAGAAGAUGAUCUGGAUUUCCUUCGCGAUCAGUUCACCACCACAGAAGUCAAUAUGGCACGAGUGUAUAACUGGGACGUUAAAAGGAGAAGCUCCGAAGCAGCAUCUAAAAGCACUGCAUAACUCACCAAAGCACAUUUUACAUAGUUUAACUACCACACUCUCCUUUGUUUUCUUAAAAAGAAUUCCACUGAUUUGGCAACAUUUGCGUUUGGACAGCUGCAGUUAUUUAGUCUUUGGGAAAUGCUGAGAAAUUGAAUGUUAGACCCGAGAACAGAUGAGAGACAAACUACGGAAAUGUAGAAACGCUGACUUAUUGCAUGCUUACAUGGCAUUUGUGGUAAUGGAAAAGAUUGUUAUAAACUACAGGUUCAAGAUGUAUUGUUGCCAGUUUUCACUGCAAGCCACACUUGCAGCAGUCCUGCAGCCCAGUCAAACAGGCACAUUAGACACCUUGUGUAUCCAUGCAACUUGCUGCGAUACAAUACCUGUAAAGAUUUUGUAUGGUUUUAUCAUGAGAUGUUAAUAAACUGCUGAACAAAA